AUGGACGAGCAAAGUGUUCGUUUGUUGGAUAAUUUAGUCAACGAAGAUUAUCAUUCGAGCGGACCAGGAGUAGCGAUACUGAUAGUAAUUAACGAUCAGAUAGUUUACCAACGUUGUUUGGGUUUGGCAAAUCUUGAUAAAGAGGAACAAAUUACACCUGAAACUAACUUUCGUCUGGCAUCAUUAACAAAACAGUUCACUGCCUAUGGCAUUAUGUUACUCGAACAACAAAACAGACUAUCAAGAAAUGACGCGCUCGGGCGAUUUUUCUCGAUGGAAUUUCAACGAAAGUGUCCGUAUCUUAGUAGAGAUGUCAAAGUUCAACAUUUAUUAGAACAUUCGUCAGGAAUACGUGAUUAUGAAACAUAUGAUUCGAAUGAUCAUUCACAAUGGUCUGAUUUCGAUGUUCUAAAUGUCCUCACCGAUGAAACAUAUUUCAUACCGGGUACGCAUUAUCGCUACAGCAACACCGGCUAUAUUCUAUUAGGUUUAAUCAUCGAGACUGUUUCUGAACAAUCAUUGAAUCAAUACUUCGACGAGAAUAUCUUCCAACCAUUUCAUAUGAACGCAAGCAUUCUCUAUGAUUUCGAUCGAACUGUGAUCAUCAAUCGAGCUCUAGGUUAUAUUGAACAAAGAAAUGAAGAAAAAUACGACCUGUGCGAUCAAAGUACAACAAGUGCAACUAGAGGAGAUGGUGGUAUUUAUAUGUCUUUGACGGAUUAUCUUCAAUGGUACUACCACUAUCCAAUUUUAUCAGCGAAACCAUUUCGAAUCGAUGAAGCACCAUUGGAAACAUAUUAUUACGAUCUUGGUUGGUUUUUGACCGAUUCUAAUGGUAAAAUUCAUUUACAUACAGGAAAUUCAUGCGGUUUUACUCAUCAGGUAUUUCGCAUUGAUGAUGAGGAACGAAAAGUUCUUGUUUUAUAUUUAACAAAUCUUGGAGAGAACAAUCAACGAAUCGAAAAGUUCAAUCGAUUAAUUGUAGAAAAACUACCCGAGUUAAAUCCAAACAAUACAAAUCUUUUAUGGGAUAUGGUAGGAUUGACAAGAUGA